AUGGUCUCAUCUCCCCUUCGAGUUGAUUACAGCUAUUAUUCAUUUAUUAUAAAAGGUCUAUCAGCCUUUAAUCAUCUAUCAUCUAUUGGUUUACACAAUGUCCAAAUAUUUGAAGCUUCAAAUAGAGUUGGUGGAAGAGUUUAUCCCUUGGAAUUUGGAAUAUUUCUUCAACAAGGCGCUGAAUUUAUCAAUGGAGAAGAUAAUGCAAUUUAUAAAGCUGCCAGACGACUUGGGUUAAUUACAGGAGAAGUGGACGAUUCUGCUCUAAUCUCUGAAGAUGCACAAUUUGUUUCUUCUCCAAAUUGUCAAAUUUCUCAAGACAAAUUAAACAAAUUUGCAGAGUUUAGCUCUUUUCUCGAAUUGAAAUAUGCUGAAAUGGCUAUGGAUAAUCGAGAGAUUUGGAGCAAAACAGUCGCUCAAGUUUUUGAUAGAGAUUAUGAUGAAUUUUUGAGGAAGAUGAACGCCUCAAAAGAAGAUAGACUUCAAUAUGACAGUCUCGCCAAAAUUUACCGUGGAUAUUAUGAAGGAGAAUGGUCUGCCCCUAUAGACAAAUUGGCCCUUCACAAUUAUGUUAAAUGGAAAGAUGGAAGUAAAUCUUUCCCUUUCAGUUCAUUUACCUUAAAUUCACGUGGUUAUGCCCCUAUUUUGGCUGAAUUGGUCGAGAACGUGCCUGUCAAUAAAUUAAAUUUAAAUUCACGUGUUGUACAGAUUGAUUAUAGAGGUGAGGAGGAGAGAGGAAAUAAUUAA